GUUAUUUUUUUAAAUCAUUUUUAUAACAAAAUAUUGGUUUCAUAUUCAUAUAUCUCCGGAUAACACGGCAUACAUGUCUUCUCACAUUGCAUUUUGCGAGUAAGCCUGCUGCUGUUUCCUGUAACCUAGCUACGGCGAUGAUUUGUAACAUUGGAGGAGCAGAGAGGUAAACAUCUCGACUGAAGGCUUGAGUCCAGCAGGGUGUGAUGGAGAAGGAGAGGAAGUCAGGUUAUUUUGCCAGGUUGAAGAGGAGGAAGCAGACCAAACAGAGCCUUUCACAGUCCAUGGCAGCUGGGCAGAACCAAUCAAAACCAUCCGUAGCGGGUCUCCCAAACACCGCCGUAGAUCAGGAGAAGAACGCACCCUCUUCAGUGACUGGCUUAGACACCCCUGGACCAGUAACCAUACCUGCAGACCUCCAGGGAAAGUCCCUGGAUGAGGGCUGCCCCAGCAGUCCUGUCCUUGACAAUCCAGAUGACAUUACGCGUUCUAAAUGUCAGAUGAAGAGGGGCAGGAGGAAACCCCCAGGAACGGUCGAGUACACAGUGCGGCCCCAGGACACUCUGAACAGCAUCGCGCUGAAGUUCAACAUCACCCCAAACAAACUAGUGCAGCUGAACCGGCUCUUUUCCCGCAGUGUGGUCGCAGGGCAGACCCUGUUUGUCCCCGAUGUUGGCCAGUCGAGACCAGGCCUCGAUAGCUCCGCCCCCAGAACCUCCUCCGGACAGGAUCACAGCAAGCAGCCGGAUGACCCUCUGUGCAGGGAGGCAAAGCCUCUCCACAGGCUGCUCUCCCCGGCAUCGGAAGACGAGGAGCCAGUGACGGUCAAAUUCCUGAAGAUAAGCUGCAGAUACUUCACGGAUGGCAUGGGCGUGGUCGGUGGGGUGAUGAUUGUGACGCCCAAUAACAUCAUGUUCGACCCGCACAAGUCGGACCCGCUGGUGAUCGAGCACGGGUGCGAGGAGUACGGUCUGAUAUGCCCCAUGGAGGAGGUGCUGUCCAUCGCGCUGUACGACGACAUCUCCCGCAUGGAGCUGAAGGAUGCGCUGCCAUCAGACCUACCACAGGGUCUGUGUCCCCUGUACAGGCCCGGGACUUGGGGCGACAUGCCCUCCGAGCGAGAGCUCAACCCCUUCAGCCGCUUCCAGAGCCCGAACCGGGACAAGCGGCCCAUCAUCCUGGACCACAUUGACACCAUCGUCACGGAAACGGGCAACCAAGAGGCAGCCGAGAACUCGUCACCGGACGAGGGGUUCACCGAGCUGGAGGUGGAGUCUGGGAGUAACAUGGGGGUGAGCAUGGAGGAGCUGGAGGAGAGCCCUGCUCCACAGGGCGAAACAGAAUCCCAGCCCCUGGCAGACAGAACCCAGGUAGUCCCAAACGAGCCAAAGAUGGUGGAGGAGGAGAUGGAGAAGGUGCCUGGACAGAACACCCCUGCGGAGGAGGUUGUACCCCAAUGCAGUUUUGCUCAUGGGGAAAAUGUCACAGGAGCUAAGCAUUCUGGGAUAAGUAACAAACAAGCGGACCAACCUACAGACAAGGACUGCACAGGGACAGAGAAGCUGCUGAAUGGAGGUACUGACUCUGCAGAGGUAACAGGGUGCCAGAGUGAGUUGAGGCACGAUGAACAUGCAGCGGAUUCUGGGAAAUGUAGUCAGCCGAAACCAAACCCAGCUGUGGAGGAGAUGAACUCUUGGCUGAGAAAGAGGAUGCAGGGACCAAUUGAAGAUAUGCUGCUGAAUAAGGAGGACAAGAGUAAGACUCCGCCCAUGUUCCUGUGCUUCAAGGUUGGAAAACCUAUGAGGAAGUCCUUUGCCAUUGGCCGAAUGUCAAGCCCCGCCCACCAGUAUGGCAGGAGCAGAAAGCAGCCAGAGUAUUGGUUUGCAGUCCCUCAGGAAAGGGUGGACCAUCUAUACAACUUCUUCGUCCAGUGGUCUCCGGACGUGUACGGGAAAGAGUCUGGAGAGGCGGGGUUUGUGGUGGUGGAGAAGGAGGAGCUGGACAUGAUUGACAACUUCUUCAGUGACCCCACCCCCAAAGGCUGGGAGAUCAUCACGGUGAACGAGGCGAAGAGGCGUCAGAGCCUGGGGAGCUUUGAAGACGAGGAGCCGCUGGACCUGCUGCCCGUGCUGACCGACGCCAGCCUGCUGCUUCAGACGGCCCAGAUUGAGAAGCUGGCCUAUCACUUGCCGGCACGCACUCAGGGGUAUCCAUGGCAACUAGUGUACAGCACAGCAGUGCACGGAACAAGCCUGAAGACACUGUACAGGAACCUGGCUGACCUGGACUGCCCUGUACUGCUCGUCAUUAAGGACAGGGACAACCAGGUUUUUGGGGCCUUCUCGACACACCCCUUCAGAGUCAGUGAGCACUGCUAUGGCACGGGGGAGACCUUCCUGUUCAGCUUCAGCCCAGAGAUUAAGGUCUUCCACUGGAGCGGGGAAAACUCCUACUUUGUGAAGGGAAACAUAGAUUCUCUACAGCUGGGAGGAGGGGGGGGUCACUUUGGCUUGUGGCUGGACGCUGACCUGUAUCACGGCUCCAGCUCCACCUGCUCCACCUUCCGCAACCAGCCUCUCUCCGCCGAGCAGGACUUCACUGUUCAGGACCUUGAGGUCUGGGCCUUCCAGUAAAACCCCCUCUCACACAGAAGAGAGAGCGCCUUUAGUUCUGGGCUAAGACUGUUUCCAGUAAACCUCUCUCACACACAGGAAAAAGUCACUUGCUUCUUGUCUAAACCAGUGUCCAGCUCUCACACAUCCUAGCAUGCAACAGAUCCAAACUCCCAACCACUACAUGCAGAGCGAGGAUGAUGCUAGAGGAAUGCCACGUUUAAACCCAAAAUGGCUCCAGACUGUGAGGAGGAAUUGUUUACAGACUUAUAUCACCAUUAGCUAAGGGCUGCUUCAUUUUGUAUGUAUUCCACAGCCGAUAAAUGUAAAACUGCUUCUAAAAAUAAGUUUGCCAGUAAAUGUAAAACCCUACUUGCCAAUAAAUGUGAAAACAUUGUUAGAAAAUGUAAAAAGAAUUUUAAUGCUGAAUGUUAAAAAACAAAAAAAAAAAAAAAAAAAAAAAAACAGAGGUCAAUGUGAGAAAUGCCAGUAAAUGCCCGACUAGCAGUGAAUAUUGAAUGAACCUUAAAUUAUGGAACAAAGUUUGUGUAUUGAGAGAACUAUGUACAUCCCUUUAGGACAGGUUUACAUGAAACAAGGAGUUUGUAUCUAAGUCAUCUUAUUUUUGUAUUUUAUCCUGGCUAGCUGUGACCUCAACAGCUUUUCAAAGGACAGCAGUGUAAAGGCGGUGGCUACUUUAUGACCAAUUCCAGACAUUCCAGUGGUGGUAUACGCUAGUGCAUCCCUUGCUUACUGCAUGCACAAGUAACAAAAUAAGGACUAUAUUAAAUUAUAUUAUAGGCAUAUUUUGCCUCAUUCACAAGACUUUUUAAAUUAUUCUUUUGUUCUUAAGAACAGUUCCCACGAAAAAUCAAGGCAGGAUUCAUGAAACGUGCAGAAGUGAGGAAAGUAUUUGCCCCUUCCUUAUAUUAUUGCAUAUUUGUCCCACUGGAUGGUUGAAUUUUAUUUUCACAAAAAUUUUAUAUUAGACAAAGGGGACAUUUUAAAAUUAUUGUUUCAGUUAUUUAAUGAAAAAUGUACGUUAUCAAAUCACCCAUGUGAAAAAGGUAUUGCUGCUCUCUUAAAUCUAAUAACUAGUUGUACCACAUUUAGCAGCAAGAACUAAGAUGAAAACUUGGUGUUAAAAAAAAAACCAUCAUUGUAAAUUUUAAUAAAAAAUAAAAAUGAGUUUUGAACGAAACAAAAACUAAAGCUAAUAAACCCAAUCUUAAAACUAACUAAAACUAAAAAUAUAACUCAAUUUUUGAAAUCAAAAUUGAGAUUAAAGUAGUUAAGUAAAAAUGAAUAGCCUAUUUAGAACUAUAAUUUCCUUGCUAAACAUUCAGAUUUUUCAAGUAAGAAACAAAAUGAAGGCCGAAGUGUUCGUGGAAACAUUUGUGCGUACAGUUAAAGAUCAAAUCUAAUUACACGCAUGCUUCAUGAAUAAUGUCCAUUAUAUCUAUACUUCGAGAACGUAUUUAGCUAGUGUACAAGCAAAUGCAAAAUUGUGGAUUUGCAUUUACCAUUAAAAAUUAUUUUAGAUUUACUGGCAAUGUUUUUACGUUUUUAUGAGCAAGUAGGUUUCUACAGCGAUCAGCAACUUAUUGUAUUUUGUUUUUUUAAUCUGGUGAUUUGGAUCUUAUUAUAAAUCCAAACUCACCAUGAUACAAACAGGUUAUCAAAUUAAGGAUUGACCAAAUAUUUUUUUUAUUUCGCUUUUUAUAUUUUCAUUGUGUUUUUUUAUGUUCACCAACAUUUAAAUGAAAUGUUAUACAGAAUUUUUAUAAUUUUCUUUCUUUUUUUCUUUGUUUUUGUUAUGUCAGUGGCACCACUGUUUGUUCAUGGUUCAUUCCCAAACUGAAAUCUAGGGUUGAUUCAUUUGAAUCACUGAAGUCAUAAUGUGACAGACUUUAUUUUUAACUUUUAUAUUUGUCACGAUUGAAAAGCUUUUUUGUUGUAAUUUUUAAAGGGAUUGUGCAAUUUAUUUUAUCACCAAAUGUAUUUAUCAGUUUGUUUUAUAUUAGCAGUAGUGAUUUGAUUCAUUUCAGCCCCACCACCUUUUCCAUGUGUCCAGUGGUAGCACCCUUCAGGAAAUUGAGGGAAACAACAUUAGGGGCUCAGUUGAACCAUCUGAUAAACCUGCAAGUCAUAAUUGAGUUAUUAUCACGGAUAAUGUUAUUUUACCAGGAAUGCUCUUUGUUGUAGAAAAAUGGUGGAGGCUGAACUUACUUUUGUAUGUCACCAGUUUACAUAAGGGUUCCACAGUCCUAUCCAAGAAGGGCUUGUAGGCCUGUGCCCUCCAACCCUUUUUGGAUAAAAUUAGGGAUUUGUUAAAAAUAUUUGAAUCUGCUCUUUUUUCAGGGUCUCUUCUGUAGCAUAGGUUAACAUUUUGCUCAUACUGAAAGUUGGAUUAUUCCACAUCAUCCAAAGUGUGUGUGUGUGUGGGGGGGGGGGGUUGAUAGGUUUAAUCAAUUGUUUUUUAUAAGACAUUGCAUGUUUGUUUAGUUUUUUUCCACCUCUGUCCACAGCGUUGUGCUAAUAGGUCUUCUCAUUUGGCUAGUUAACAGCUGUGUGUGUGUGUGUGUGUGUGGGUCUAAACCAACUCUGAUGAUGAUGGAAAGUUUUGAUAAAAAUAUGAUUUGUUGGUCAGUUAAGAGAGCCUAUGGUUUUUUUUUUUUUUUUUUUUGGGUAAUAAACUACUCUUAAACACUAGCCUAAUUCCCACAGGCUAUGGCCAGUAUAGGCAGCGCACCCAUAGCCUUACACGUUUCAGUUUGGACAGUAAAUUACAGUAAUAACUCACGCAUUUUCAUGUAAUUUAAUUAGUCCAGUUUUUGUUGUUGUUUUCGUGGUUUUGAUACUUUGUUGGAAACCAAUGUCAGGGUAGAGGUCCUAUUCGUUAUCCAAAGAGGUCCAUGCUGCAUACAUCCCCUCUCACUUUCUUGUAGUUGCCGUAUUGUCAGAAUAACUGAAGGCUCCAUUUCCAGAUAAAGUUACUGAAUUAUGUAUGACUCAUCUGUAGACUACAUUGAGUCCUGAUUUGAGAUGGUGUCUGUGUGAAUAUAUGAUCCGAUUAACUACCAACAUUCACUGCCACAGAUACAGAUGUACAUAGAUGGCUGAAAAUGAAAAAGGAAGUGAAGUGUUCAGUAUUAAUCCUCGCCCUUGGAAUUUGUUAUCUUUUGUAAUUCUUAGAAGGGAAUUGAUUGGAUUUAGGGGCCAUAUAAAUACACGUUUCCUUGGAAACAAAGACAUUUAAAGAUUCAGUGGCAUAAGUGGGCCCCCUAGGGGUCUACCCCUGUUACUGAGACCUGUGAAAACCUUUUUUGUUUUUUAAACAUAAAACAUUCUACAGAAUUGUGUAAUAACUGCCAUCUUACCAAGAGAGAAGGGAUCUUGUGUGUGACAGCAAUCUAAGAUUGACAGAAAAGCGAUGAACAAAUAAAGGGCUUUAAUAGUGGUGUCAAUGUCAUUUGUCAAAACAUAAUGCAUUCGUCUAAAUUUUUGACAGGCAUCAAUCUGGUUUAUUUUUACACUUUGUAAUUCAAUAAUACGGUUACCAUAGAGCAAUAUCGGCAAUAAAGAAUCUUCUUAAAAACAUACAAAAUAAUAAUCAAAUCAUUGACAUCCCAUUUUGUGAUACGGUUGUUUGUUGCAACAAUACAAUGGAAUAUUGUAUUGAUCAAAGAGAGAUCUAAAAGUGAUUUACAUGUUGGCUUUGGUUUUUGGUAGAUUUCAUUGUAAAUAGAGCUUCAUUUUGUGUAAGUGCACUGUGACAAGCUUGGGCUGUCAUCUAAACGCUAAGCAUUUACUCGCCAUUUCUAGAAGAUGAAGCAUCACAGGUUGUUUCAAUGGAAAUGUGUUGUGUUCAGUGCUGCUGUGUUUGGAUCAAAGGGUAAAAAUAGGAAUUGACACUUUAUAGGAGCAUUUUAUUUUGCAGGAGCUUGAAAAUGUGAUGAAUAUAUGAAUUCAAUGUAAAGUUGAGCCAUUUCCUUUGGUCUGGCAAUCCCUAGCAUUUAACUGUUUAUCACAAACAUUCUAUUGGCGUGUCCCCUGCCAGCACAAGAUUCCAAACCCACCAUCUCCUCUGAGAACUUUUGUCAUGUUUUCGUAGUAACUGUUCUUGCUAAAAGUGUCUUGCAAACUAUCUCAUGUUGUUACCAGUUCUCUUCUGCCUCGUAUCAAAUGCAACCCCCACUAACUGUCUACAAAACAUUUCCGUGUAAUGGCAAAUGCUUACUUUAAAUCUUUCACCAUGUAGUAUUCUCAAAGCCAUAUACAGGUAAAUGUGGAAUGGUCUCUACACUCGAAGUGCACUGUUUUGUUCUAUAUUCCAUAUGUGUGAAGCCAAAACUUCUGUAAUCUGUGGUAUUGCCGAGACUAUAUUUGCUGUGUUGUCCAAAAUGUUUAAUUGUAAAAUAAACUAUAUAUGGGCAAUUCUAA